CAGGCCGCACAGAAGGAUGAGGGCAAGCCUGCUGGGUACCCUUGCGCUGAGCGCAGCGGGAGCAACAGCAGUGACCGGGUCCGGAACGCCAUCAUAUAUCCAUGCGUGUAGUAAAGUGUCUCGAUGGCCUCCGGCAACACCUCUGUGGGAUGUUGCCAGACACAGCGAAGGCACGAACGUCAUCUUCAAGGCACCACGACGACGACGCAGGAACACGGCAGUCGCCUCCGCUCUGGGGGAAACGCCCGUCUACAACGAUGCGCCACGACGAGCUCUGUGCAGUGGCCGAAGAAAAAAUGUGCUACUGCUGUGUGCUGCGCGGGAUUCUUCUGCCGAGGAUGUUUGGCUGCCCCCAACGAACGUCAUGACUGGUGAGGAGGAAGUUGGGGUUCAACAGCGAGGCAUCAGCAGCAGCAGCAGCAGCAGCAGCAGCAGCAGUCACCCUUCGACUCCAGAGCCGCCAGACAGAGUAGAGGCAACAGGAAUCGAAGCAUCGUCAUUGCUCCCUCUUGCACUGCUCAACGCGGUGACGCUGCUCUGGGGCACGCAGCACGCCGUGAUAAAGCUCAUUCUGCAGGAGGACCUAAGCCCUGGGGUGACAAACUUUGCCCGGUUCGGUAUCGCGGCGCUGAUCUUCUCGCCAUGGACGCCAGGGGUGCUCCGAGAUACACCGUCCAUCCCUGAUCUUUUAACUGGUCAAGUAGGUGUAGGGGACAAAGAAGGGGGAGAGUUGGGUGCUGCUGAUGGUGGUGGUGGUGCUGCUGCUGCUGCGGAAACGUGGCGUGCCGGAGCGGAGCUCGGCGUGUGGAUGUUCUUGGGUUUUGCUUUCCAGUCGAUAGGUCUGGGGCUUACAACUGCAAGCCGGAGCGCGUUCCUACUCUACCUUAACGUCAAGCUCGUGCCGUUCUUCGCCUUCGUGCUGGAGGGCCGGAGAAUUUCCGCGCCCACCUGGAUCAGCGCCUUCCUCGCCUUUGUGGGGACCGUGCUUUUGUCCUCCGACGGCACGCCUCCGAACCUGGGAGACUUCUGGAGCGUGCUCGCCGCCGCGACCUCGGCCAUGUUCAUCCUGCGCUUGGAGAAGUACUCGGGGAGCUGCGAUCCCUCGCAGCUCAACAGCGCCAACCUGUGGAUCACGGCCGGGUUGUGCGGGGCGUGGGCAGCAUGGGAGGUGACCACGCGAGGCGUGAACUUCAGCGUCGCACUGGAAGGCGUUCAAGCGCAGGCCCCACUCAUAGGCUACCUCGCAGUCGUCACCACGGCCCUCACCAACUGGAUGCAGGCGGUGGGGCAGCGCAGCGUGCCGGCCGAGCGCGCCGCUAUCAUCUACGCCAUGGAUCCCGUCUACGCGGCGGGGUUCGCGUACCUGCUGCUGGGGGAGACUCUCGGGCCGGCGGGGCUAGUAGGUGCUGGUAUAAUUACGGGGGCCGCGCUUUGGAGCCAGGGGAAGCAGAUGGAGGAGGUGGACGGCGAUGACGAUAGAGUCGGAGACAAGGACGUUUAACAAGCUGAAUAGAUGAGAGGGGCAGGACGUGUAGAGGCUCUUCGUCUGCCGAACAUGGAAAUUUUGUUUGUUUUUUUAGCAUGGCACUCCGGGUAGAGAUUGUUUUAUUGAUCGAUAGUUAGAUGCUUUGUGCUGAUUUCAGCCUAAGUGCGAAAGUUGACACGCUUGUUUGACAACGCUGUACACAGCGGGUUUUAUGUACAGAAGAAGGUUUUUCCAGUGAUAAUACCGUACCCACGCGCACACACUUUUGAUCUUACGGUGGACGGUGUAUUCUGUGAGUGCGCUGCGGUACAUUGCACUAACAUGGUACUUUUUUUUUGUUUUACACUUUUCAUUCCCCUGUCUGUUGCGGCGGAGGCGAUCACGUCGAAAUGCUGCGGUAGUACUCACUGAGUAUGUGGACAGGGCAUACGCGCUACGCUGCUCGUCAAGUA